AAGCAAAAUGGACGACAGAAUUGCCACACAGUCUACAACACCCCAAAUAUGUAAACAGUAGAAUAUUUCAUGAAUCUAGGAGAGAUGUUAAAAGAAGCUUAGCCUCCCAGUGUCAUGUCUUGGUUUAAGCGAGGAAGGAAUGACUCAAAGGCCUCGGGUCAGUCCAGUGAUGAUUCGGUAGAAGCUCGGUCUCGUGCAGAUACAGAUCCUCAGACAUGCCUGGAAGUCUUUCAGAAUCACUGGAAACAGGCCUUAUCAAUUAUCAAAAGAGGGAAUGGAUCAAGUAACAGUCAGGUGUGCAGUACAGAUGAACAAGAGGCAGUUCUGCAGAAUGUAGAACAAAUGAUUAAUUUGCUGGUUGGUGAAGUAGGUUUAGAUGAAAAUGGACAAGGCAUGCCUGGUCCUAUACUUCAUUACCUUUUAGAAGAGGAUAUCUUUGAACAGUUUUGUAACUGGUGUCAUUACAAUUCAAUGAAUGGUGACAAGCUUAAAUGUGAGCAAUUACGGAUUUUUGAGCAGCUAAUUAGUCAAUCUCAGCAGCUACUUUUGAUUCACAAAGCCAUUAUACAGCCCCUACUAAGACUUCUGUACUUGUGUGCUGAAGGGAGUAAGACAAGUGACAUUGAGAGUCGUCUAGUACUGGUACUUCAUCAGCUGUGUGUGUGCAUUUCCCAGGAAACCGUCAUUCUUGAGAGUUUCUUCAAUGCCAGCACAAAUCAUGGUCCUACUAAAUUCCUCAUCUUUUCACUUUUAAUUCCAUACUUACAUAGAGAAGGCAAAGUUGGACAGCAGGCUAGAGAUGCUCUUUUGUUGAUUAUGACUAUUUCUGCCAGGAAUCCCCAUAUUGGCCUUUAUAUUGCAGAAAACUCUGACUUUUGUCCAGUUCUUGCAACUGGUUUAAGUGGUUUAUAUUCUUCACUUCCAAGAAAAAUCCCUGUUUAUACAGACGAAUGGCAUCAAUUUUCUCAGGAGGAUAUUAGCCUGGUCCCUGAACUACAAAUGUUUCUCAACUCCCUAGAAUUCUGCAAUGCUGUCACACAGGUCAGUCAUCCAGCAAUACGAACUCAGCUGAUUAAGUUUAUCUACGAUGGCUUUUUGGUGCCUGUUUUAGGACCAGCAUUGCAUCAGAUGAAUGAUGAAUCAAAAGACAUUUCGGGGCUUCCAUUGCCACUUGUCGAUUCACCCAUGUUUUCGAACUCAAGAGAGGAGGUUAUAGCUGCUACUGCCUACCUAGAUUUGUUCCUGAGAAAAACAACAGAACCCAACCUGCUACGCACUUUUCUGAAGUUUAUCCUUAUGGAGCAGAAUGAUGAAAUAGUCAUUCUGGAUUCCCUUAUUACACGUAUAAAUAGCAGCUCAAAGCCACUCUGUGUUGUGUCGUUGUCACUUUUUAAAACUCUGGUUGACCUAAACUGUGAAGAUGUUAUGUUUCAGCUUGUCUUCAGGUACCUCAUUCCAUGUACACAUGUCAUGGUCAGUCAACGACGUAAUGUCAGCGACCUUGACCUACACUGUAAAAGUGCAGAACGCUUUCUUUCACUCCGUCCAAAUUGCUGCAGAGCUGAAUUAAUUGAAAAGAAAGGAACUCCAGUACAAGAGAAAUAUAACCAUAGUGACGCUAACACAUCACACCGCCCUAAACAUGGCCUGAGUAGUUUUCUCAGAGCAAGAAAAAAGGAGAAAGACUAUCAAAAACAGAGGUCAGCCACAGUAGCUACAGAACAACCAAGUACAGCGUUUCCACCAGGGACAUUUGGAAGCAAGUUGGAACAUUAUGAGACUAAUUAUUAUGACUACUUAGAAGAAGCUAGACGUCAACUUGAAAGUUGUGCCAAAGCCUGCCAGAGAUGGGCCUAUCCCUAUGAUGGUCAGUCCCCCACAAUGAGUGCCUUAGAGGACUUGGUCAAUCAGUCAGACUCCAGGCAAAUGAGUUCAUUAACUGAUACAGGACUGUGUAACGGUGGUACCAGUUCUCUGUUGACAGAGGACCUGAGUGGCUCUGACGGAGGUUCCCUGUUUAGGUCCUCUGAGGUAGACGAGGUCUUUAUAUCUGGUUCUUGCCAGUCAUCUGUUCCCGAUUUAUCAUACAUUCUUAGGAGCUAUGAUUCAGACAGUUACAAGGCUCAUCCAGAAAAUCUAAAGGACUUUAUCCAAUAUCUGGAUGAGGUGGCAACUCCACCAGAGAUGGAGAACAGUUUUGAAGAAAGCUUAGGUUCUUUAGACUCAGUUCUUCGAAGUUUUUGUUCCGAAACAGACAGCAGCAGUUUAAGUAAUACUAGUGAUAGCACACCUGUGACUUGUACUGAUUCUAAUCAAGGAGAUUCCAAUAAAGCCAAGUGUGAUGGGACAACAUUUGAAGUCAUAAACACUAAAGAUGGGGAGGGGCUGGAGCCUUUCAGAGGAAAUUCCUCACAGGACACUGCCAGCUACGUAGAGAUCUCCAUGUCAAACUUUGUCAGUGAAGUGAAUGUUCAGACUGCCCUUUCAUCCAUGCCCCAUAGGGUGUCUGUGAAUUCUGUUGACAUGGUUACAGAUCGUAAAUCCUCUCGGGAUGAAUCAGCUGUAAAGUCUGUUAGUUUUAACUUAACGGAUUCUUCUAUGCAAAAUACCACCACUGUGCCUGCUGUGUCUAAUGUGGAAAAGUUAGCACCAAAUAUUGGCCCCUUUUUGAUGGCCCUCUUUUCCAAGCUGGAUGGAAUGAUGCAGAACAGCCUCCCUGUCAACCUUCUGCUCACAGGCCUCAUAGCUCGCCUGGCUUCUUAUCCCCAGCCUCUUCUUAGGUCUUUCUUACUUAGUCAUAAUCUUGUAUUCCAACCCACAGUCAAAUCCCUGCUUCAGGUGCUGACUUCACUAAAACAGAAAGUGGACCAUUUUGCUUACACUGUGCCAAACUUUGAUGGACUGCUCCUCCGUGCCAAGCGGACACUUAUAGCUCGAGAAGAGGAGUGGAGGCUCGGGUGUGUCACAAUUAGUCCCUACAGGAUUAACACUGUCAGUCCCAUCAAACCCAAACCUGUGGCAGAAAACAAUAAUAAAGACAAAAGGAAGUCGAGUUUAGCAGAGUUUUUCUCUCGUCGAUCUCCAGAUAAAAGAGCAAAUAAAAAAGGCCCUCAACUGCAGGUUCUUCAGGGAGCAAAGGGAUUCAGAUACAUUAAUUACCAAAACAAGCCUCACGAAAUAUCUCAGAACCCCAUGGAUGCCCCCAAAAUUAGAAAUGCUGUGUUCUGUGCUGUGAUAUUGGAGGAAUUUGUGAAAGAACUUGCAGCUUACAGCCAGGAGCAAGCUGUUUUAGCUCACACUGAAAUCUGACCCCAGUCUGGAGUGAUAUUGUUUUUGUAAAUUGUUAAGUGUCCAGACAUAUUUCUCUCUCUCUCUCUCUCUAGAGCACAUAUCAAAUGAAUCUAAUUCAGUUAUUUUGUAUAAUUAGACUAGGAGUCAGCCAUAUGAUGCUUGCAAAAUAUUUGUCAUGUCAGUUUUGCGUCAUUAUUUUUGUGAUAUUAAAGGCAUAGGAUGUAAAGCCAUGGAUUAAUUUUUUUAUAUAACUAAUUAUUGUGAAAAUUAGCCAAUUUUAAUCAUUACAGAAUGCAUUAAUGAUAUUAUCCUAAAAUAUAUCUAGAUGUGGUGGUUAUAUCAACAUACAUGAAUCACAUGUACAUCACAGACCUUACCUUGGUGCUCAGAAAUAGAUUAUGUUCACAUUGGUAUCUAGAGUUUCUAACAAUCUAUCACAGCUUUGAAUUUAAAAUGUAACCAAAGAAACAGAAAAUAGGUGUGUUUUGUUUUAUUGAUUACAGAUUCUUAUUUUGUACUGCAUUUUCUUUUAAUGUUGACACAUUUUCUUCCUUUCAGUGUUUUAUGGAUGUUUUACAGACAAGAUGAAAUCUUGUGCUUUGUUUUAAUGUUUAUGGAUGUACACAAAGUAUUUUUAUAUAAGUGGUAUACAUGUACCUACAUAAUUAUGAAUGUUAAAUACUAUGCAUAUUUACUAUAUAUGUACUGGCUUAUUACUACACAGCUUGAUACUCCUAGUUUUAAAACAAAUGUUGACUUUGGUUUUCAGGAAAUAGAGUUGUCUUACUGAUUGGUUGUGAAGAGCCAGUUGUCUCUCAGAAUACUCAUUUUGCUUAUAAAUGGAGUUUAUAUAUAUGUUAAUUAUUAUUUUAAGAAUUAUUGAAGGAAAAUACUUUUUUUAAGUUCAUUAAAGCUGAACAUGAUUCAUAAAAGGAAGAUGUUUAUCUUUGUCUGCUGCAUUUCUUUUCAUUAAUCUUUAUUCCUAGAGCCCCUAUAUAAACCUUUAAUUUGGUCAUGGUUCAGCAUCCUGUGUGGAUGUAUCCUACAUUGCCAUUGUAAAAUACUGAUAAUGUCAAAAUGAACAAAUUCAUGCUUCUUCCACUACAGAAGGAAAAGUUACCAAAGAAACAUGACACCAAUUGCACAGGUCAGUGCAGCACAAAAAAAACUCAAAUACACCUAAACUCAAACUCCAAUAAAUGUCAACAAAGGCAAUGUAAGAUAUAAACCAACUCAGCCACUUGUCAUCCAUUCCAGGUAGCUGUGGCCAGAAAGCUAUCAGGUGUAACAAUUGCAAAGGGUAUACCCAAUGUUGAUUUGGGAGAUCAGAAAAAUAAUAUGGAUGCUAUAUAAUAUACAUGAGUUGUGUUCAGCUUUAACAAUUUAACAUGAAAGGAAAACUUGCCUUAGAAGGAAUAUUAUGUAAUAUUUUACAAAGCAAUAUGUAUCAUGAUUAAAUAUACACUCACUAUGGAGACAUGCACCUUUAAACAUAAAACAGUUUGAACUGUUCAAAAUAUGCUUGAUAUUUUUUCUACAUUUAAGUCAUUUCAAUUUUGUACGUUUAAAAGAUAUAAAUGUCAAAAGGUUUUAAAGUUAUUAUAUAAGUAGCAUGUUUUAUUGCCUUUAAAUCAUGCUUGUUAGAAAUCAGGUCUGUAUCUAGUCAAUUUUCUUUAUUUAGCAAGGAUAUAUUUCAUUUGAAUUCUCAUGUUUUCCAUAGAAACUAAAUUGGAUUGGAAUGUUGUUGCUUUUGUUCCUAAGGACACUGUUGUUACAAUCUAACCUGCUACUGAGGAAUCAUUUUAAUUUAUGGGGGCCAAUUUUCAUUCACCGAGUUAGUAUAAUUUUUAGAUUCAUGGGGAUGUAAUUUGUUUUGGAUUUAUGUGAAAGAUACAGUAUAUAAGUCAAUAUUGGUUGAGGCUGCAAAUUCUUAGGAAAGGGGGCCCACAAAAUCUGGAAACCCCAUGAAAUAUAAAUGUUUCCACAGUAAUCACCAUAGAAUUUUCAUUUAAGCCUGAUGCUAGUUAAAUUUACUGUUCUCAACACAGAUUUUCCAGUCAAUUAGCACUCUUGAUUUAAAUUAUCAAUGAUUCCUGGAUUCAGGGCAGUAACUUUGUCUUAAAGUUGUUGGUUUACAAAACAUCUUAGAUUCUCACUUCAAAAAUUUGCUGAAAGUUUAAGUUUUAAUUAAAUACAUAUUCUAUCAAAACAUGACAGAAGUUGAUUCCUGCUGUCCAAGUCAGAUUUACAGAUGUAAUUUGUUUCCCUGUUAUUGGUUGAUUCUUUUUUUUCUUUUUUUUUUUUGAUAAAUAAAAGAAGGAUGAAGAAAUAUUUCACAUGCAGUGUAAGAAAUGUUUGUUAUUUUGAUUUAUCAACACCAGGAGUUUACUUUUUACAAAAUAAGCUAAAGAUGAAAUUGAUUUUUUUAAAACCAUUUUCUAUCAUACAUGGUUUCUUUUCAUAUAGGCUGGGCAAUAUCAUCCCAACCCUCAAUAAUUAUUAAAGAAUGAUACAAAAGUA